CGUGUCUCCAAUUCCAAAGCCUGGGGUUCUUCGUUGCUCCGCCUCGUUGUUCGCGGUGCUAGUCAGUCGGAUGCUGCUUUCCUCUUCGAGUCGAUCUCCUUUUGUUCUCCAGAAAUCUUCUUAUCCACGGGUGAGUCCAGAUGGCCAGUGGUACACGCUCCGGAAAAAAUCUGAAGAAUGAAGACACCCACAGCAUAAGAUGUAGAAGUGCUGGGGUGAAGUCUAAAGAUACAGAAGAUUUAAGUACUUCUGGUACAACAAGAAAUGGUUCAAAGCCUAGGACCAAGAAUGGUGAUCAGAAGGAUCUCAGAAAUCCAACCAGCUCUGGUUCUGCCGCUACUGACUCAUACAGCUUGAGGAGCUCAAUGAGGAAAACAGUAAGAAAAUCAGAGAGGCUUGAAAAACAGAACUUGUCACCUCCUUCAGGCACCAGUAAGUCAGAAAGAGAAAGAAAAGAAGGGCCAUCAAAUACUGUACGAAGGUCUGUGAGGUUUGACAAAGCUGGAGUUUCAACCUCUGUUAUCUCAAAGAAUUCUAGUAAAAGUUCUGGUUCACCAUAUGCAAACAAGAAAAAUAUGGAAUCAAAGAAUGGAAAAGGCAGAGAAGAAAAUAGUGAUACUAUAAUGGUUAGAAAAAGUGCCAAACCAUUAAAAAAGAAGAAGCUAUUGACUGCACGCAGUUAUCGGGCAUUGCUUAGGUCAGAAAAGAAGACUCAAAGAUCAGAUGCUACAAGGAUGCUUGAAAAAGAGGUCUUUGAAUUGGCUAAAGUCAAUUCAGGAGCUGAUGAUUCUGAAGAAGUAUGGGACAAUGCUUCACCACAAGAUGAGUGCGUUGGAGAGAAGGAUUUUGAUUUUAAUGGGAACACUUUUUGUGAGGAUGCUAGAGUAUUGGAAGUGGAAGGGUCUAGUUCUGGCAAUGAUCAUACCUGUGGAAGUGAGCAUCCAGAAUCUAGUCAUUCUAAUAGAAAGCGCAAAAUAAGUGAGUUCAAUGAUGAGGAGACUUCCUCAUAUUCAAAAUGCAAUGAUAAGCUGAGGAAAUCUUCUCCUGUUCAGUUAGUUGUUGAGAAUAUUUGUGAAGAUUCUCAAUGGAAGACAAAUGAAGGCAGUAGAACCAAGGUAGAUUGCUCAGUGCCCAAGGACUUGGUAACCUCAGAAUUAAUUGGGUCCAGUUCUGAGGGGAGGUCCCUUGCUGUUGAUGUUGGUUCGGGAAGUGUGGAUAGAGCUGAGGGUUCCAAAAGGGCAAAAACAGGUGGUGAAUUUGAUUCUGAUGUCUCAGUUUCGCCAUCUAGGAUGGAUGUUGAUUCCUUAUCACCUUCGAUAAGAAGAAAUGUGGACACUAGCCCUUGUAAGUUCUGUGAAAAACUUCAAAGGGCCCAUGAUAAUUCACAACUUCAUGAACUCUGCUCGUGCAAUGUUGGAAUUCAGAGAAAUCUGUCUGUUUUACCUGAGGAUAGAAGGGAACUUGAAAUUGCUGAUUCUGCACAUGGUCCUGAACCCCCAAGUUGUGCUGAUGUGAAAGAGUCUUUGCUAUUGACUCCACCAAAAAUCUGUCCUAAUGCAUGUGUCAUCUGCAAGCAACCUGGACUGUUAUUGUGUUGUGAUGGAAAAGGCUGUAAAAGAAGCUUCCAUCUCUCAUGUCUAGAUCCGCCCCUAGAUGUUGUUCCUCUGGGCAUCUGGCUUUGUCAUUUAUGCAUGAAGAAGAAGCUGGAGGUGGGGGUAUACUCCAUAUCUGAAGGAAUAGAAAUUGUGUUGGAUAAAAAAGAUGCGAUGCAUGGUGAAAAGCAUUAUUAUGUCAAAUAUAAAAACCUCGCCCAUGUACAUAAUCGGUGGAUUCCUGAAAGCCAGUUGCUUGAUGAAGCUCCUUUGCUUAUGGCUAAAUUCAACAGGAAACAUCAGAAGGAAAAGAUCAUAAAUUGGAAAAAAGAAUGGAUCGAGCCUCAGCGCCUGCUGCAGAAACGAUUGCUGAUUCCCCUAGAAUUGGUUGAUGGGGAAUUUUCUGGGCAUGGUGUUAAUCCUUUAUUUUCCCAGUUUGAAUGGUUUGUAAAAUGGAAGGGUUUAGGCUAUGAGCAUGCUACAUGGGAGCUUGGAAGCUCACCCUUUUUAUGCUCACCUGGGGCUAUGAUACUCAAAGAAGAUUUUGAAAGGCGCCACAGAGAGGCAAAGAAGGGAUCUGACCUUUCAAGACCUGACAAGGCUUUGAGUGUGAAGAAAGUUCCUUCUCAGAAACUUUCAACGUUUCCUGACAAGAUCUCAUCAGAGCUUGAUAAUGAUCAUUUAAAUGCUAUCAACCGGCUUUGUGAAUUUUGGCAUAAAUCACGUAAUGCGCUACUCAUUGAUGAUCAGGAACAUAUUAUCAAAUCAAUACUGUUCAUAUCAUCAAUAUAUUUGGACUGCUGUCGACCUUUCCUCAUUAUUUCAACUGUAAAUGCUCUUUCAUCAUGGGAAACUGAAUUCUUACGGCUGGCGCCAUCAAUGAAUGUUGUUGCCUAUUGUGGAAAUAAAGAUGCCCGGAAGAUUAUUAGGACCUUGGAAUUUUAUAACAGUGCUGGUUGCAUUCUGUUUCAAGUACUUUUAUCCAAUUAUGAUGUUGUUGCUGAGGAUUUUGAAAAUUUAGUUUGCAUUGGUUGGGAGGCUAUUAUAGUUGAUUAUUGCCAACAUGCGAGGGUCUCCAAACAUUUUGAACUGCUUAAGAAUCUUUCUUCUGAUUUCAGGCUGCUUUUGUUGAAAUGUCCAUUGAAGGAUAACCUUGCUGAGCACCUGAGCCUGCUCUCAUUCCUUGAUUCAGGAGGAGAGGAGAAUACUAGCAGUUUUAAUCUUGAUUCUGGAGAUUCUGCUGGAACGUUUGCUAUUCUGAAAGAGAGAUUUGCACAUUAUUUGGCAUAUGAGCGCAAAUCAGACUCCUCAAAGUUCACAGAGUUCUGGGUCCCUAUUCAGCUUUCACAUGUACAGCUGGAACAGUAUUGUGCUACUUUAGUUUCAAGCUCAAUUGUUCUUCGUUCAUGCUGUAAAGUUGAUCAUGUUGGAGCUCUUCGUGACAUCCUUAUUUCCACCAGGCAGUGUUGCGAUCAUCCUUACUUGGUUGAUCAACUGUUGCAAAGUUCACUGACCAAUGGUCUUGCAUUAUCUGAAUAUUUGGAUGUUGGUAUAAAGGCCAGUGGCAAACUGCGACUGCUUGAUAAGCUUCUUCAGGAGAUAAAGAAUAGAGGUUUGAGAGUGGUAAUACUUUUCCAGUCGAUUGGGGCUGCUAGGAAUUCUAUUGGUGAUAUUUUGGAUGAUUUUUUGCGUCAGAGGUUUGGUGCUGAUUCCUAUGAACGCGUAGAUAGUGGAUUGAUUAUGUCAAAGAAAUUAGCUGCUCUGAAUAAGUUCAAUGAUAAGAGUAAUGGAAGAUUUGUGUUUUUGAUUGAAAAUCGAGCUUGCCUUCCCAGCAUUAAACUUUCAUCAGUCGAUGCUGUUGUCAUAUUUAACAGUGAUUGGAAUCCACUCAAUGAUUUUAGGGCCCUUCAAAAAAUCAGUAUUGAAUCAGAAUUUGAACAGAUGAAAGUUUUCCGUCUGUAUUCAUCUUUUACAGUGGAAGAGAAGGUCUUAGCAUUCUCUAAACAAGACUCUACUCUUGAGAGCAAUAUUCGGAGCAUAAUUCGUAACCAUAGCCAUUCUUUGCUGAGUUGGGGCGCCACCCACCUAUUCAGCAAACUUGAUGACUUUCACAAACGUGAUGAUUCUGUUGAUUUGCUUGAUAAUUCUGGCGAGGACUUAUUUCUGGAAAAAAUUGUCUCAGAACUUUUGGCACAAUUACCUAAAAAAUUUGAAAAUAACAGCUCAAGUGAUUGCUCAAUUUUAAUCAGAGCACCUCAAAGCGGAGCUUCAUACUCAAGGAACAUUAUCUUGCUUGGUGAAAAAGAAAGAAUUUCUUCUAUGGAUGGAGAUCUUUCAGGGUUCUGGUCAAAUUUACUGGAAGGAAGGAACCCUCGUUGGAAAUACAUUUCUGAACCAUCUCAGAGGAGUCGCAGAAAAGUCCAUUGUGCUGAUUCAUUUGCUAAAUUACCUGAAGCAGAUACUGAAGAAGUUAGGAAAAAACGUAGGAAAAUUGUUAAUGACUCUAUUGACCAAAUUUCUCUUCAAGAUACUACAAAGGACAUCUCUAGUGGCAUUGGUGCUGCCGUACCUGCCAAGAUAGCCCUUCCAAGCAAUACUAGUCAAGCAACUUUUACUCCAAUUGUUUUGAAUAGUAUCUCCAAAGAAGCAGGUUACAUGAAUUCUCUUCAAUGUGCAGAAGGAGCUAAGUCCCAACCCAAUCUGAAGUCUCUGUGCACGCCUGGUUCAGUUACUGCCAAUAAUGAUGGAAGGGAAAAAUUACGCCAUGCACAAAGAAACCUCCAUCUUUUGUUGAAACCAGAAUUAUCAAGCUUAUGUGGAACUUUGAGGCUUCCGGUGGAUGUCAAGUGUCUGGCUGAAAAGCUUCUUGAAUAUGUCAUGAAUAACCACCUCGUGGUUCGAGAUCCUGAGACUAUUCUGCAGGCAUUGAAAAUAUCGCUGUGUUGGCGAGCUGCUUCUUUCUUGAAGUACAAGUUGGAUCAUGGAGAGUCACUUGCACUUGCCAGAAAGUACUCGAAUUUUGAGUGCAGUUAUGAUCAAGCCUAUUCUGUUUAUUCAAAGCUGCGUAUGCUGAAGAAGAAGUUUUCCUGUCAAUCUGGCGCAUUAAAGGUUGACAAUAUCCUGAAUACUCCAGAGAAUCAAUUAUCUGCUGCAGGGUCAGAUCUUGCUGACUCUCUUGCAUCGGUGGAAGAUUCAGUAUCUUUAGCAUCAUCCCGUCGAGUGCUUGAAGGGACUGAAAUCAAGAAGAGUCCCAAUUCUGGAAAGAACUAUGAAAAUGUUAAUCCUGUGAAUGAAGAAAUGUCUGAACGUGGAACUACUGGAAAGCUUAGUCUGCACUUGAGUUCAUUUAAAAUGAAAACUGAUUCAAUUGAGAAAAUCUUUUUAAGAAGGGAAGAGAACCUCCUCCUAAAGCAACAGUUGGAAUUUACUGAGUUAGUUGGACGAAUGGAAGAGGAAAGGACAAGAUUGAAGGAGAUAUAUGAUCUCCAGUUGAACUCUAUCUAUUCUCAGCAUGUUGAUUUUGCAAUAAGGAAUGGAAAGAUAAAUUUAUUGAAUGAAGAGUUCUUCAAUAGUAUGUCUAAAUUUGAUCAAUACGUGAAAUGCCAGCAUAAAAAACUUGCCACAAUGCAGGUUGAUGCAAGGCGUAAGGAUAGACAGAUAAAACAUCAUUGGUUGAGGGAAGUUAAAGCUGGUAGGUCGGCUGAAUCAUUUGAUAGGUUGCCUUUGUCGGAAUCUGGAUUCUGUCUGGAGGAAUUCAAGGUCAAUGAGAUUACAGCUUCUCUUGGUUGGACUGAUGGAACUAGUAUACCCAACUCUGUUUCAGAUCCCGCACUGCCGUCCGAUUGUCAAGGCAUUGAUCUGAUUUCUGGAUGCCUUGCAGUCUCUUUUAAAUCAGGAGAACUAUCUGCUGAACCUCCUGCAUUUAGUCCCAACAGAGGAGAAACUCAUCUUGAAAGCUCAUCUACUGAAAGCCUCACAAAUGCUUCACAAGUUGAGACAUGCACUGUGCUGGUGGUGACUGAAAAUCCGGUUCCUCAACAAUGCACUGUGUCUCCAAUAUCUGUUGCACCUGAUAAAUUGCUUAUUGACUCUGUAAUUGUAGCAUCUGUUGAUGACAAACUACAUGGCAGUACAGAUAAUUCUAAUGGUCCAUGCUCUCCACAAAAUCUCCAGGUUAAUGUUCCCUUGGCUGAGAUAUCACAAUCUAGCGGUGAAACUCAUGCAUCAGUAGACCAGGUGCCCUCUCCUGAAGUGAGUCAAAGGCCAGAUGGCAACCAAGGCUGUAGUUCUCUGAUUGAAACUGUGGAACCUCUUCUACAUUCUGCUGAUCAGCCUACUACAUGCCAUGCUUCUGAUGUCUCACACCACUUUCAGGUUCAGGCGUCGUCAUCUACUGACAUGACUACAGUACAGAUGAUGUUACCUACAUUAAAUGAGGGAGGUGCCAUUAAUCAGAUAGAUCAUUCUACACGACAAACUGAAGAUUGCCUGCAGCAGCCGUUGAUUAACGCUCAAGCACAAGAAGGGCACUUAAAUCAACUAUUUUCACAGUCUAUGCCUACAACAUCAUCUUCUAGUAGUCAUACACUUACAGUAAGAGCACAGCCUGAAGUUUUUGAUGGUGUUCGUGUUCAACCAGAGGCAGAAGGUCGUCUUCCUCAAAAUGUUCCGAUAGGACCAUGGUUACCUCCUCAAGUGCUUCAUCCUGACCCACUUCUAAAUGAACUAAUAAGGAUACGUAAACAUGAGGAUUCAUUUACUAAGAUGCAUGAAGAUAAGAAACUUCAACUUAAGCAAGAGUGCGAACAAGAAAUGCAGAAGGUAAGGAUGAAAUAUGAUAAAUUAAUUCAGGAUUCAGAGACAGAAUAUCUCCACGGCAAGGAGUCAUUUGGGUCAAUCUAUAAGAAAGUUCUCUUGAAUAAAAUUUUAGCGGAGGAAUUUAGGGCCAGAUUCAUUGAAAACAAGGGAGGUGCUUCAGCUGCUAUUCCAGGUUCUUCAGGUGCCCACCCAAGUAGCAUGCGGCAGUUGCAUCAGGUUCCUCAAUCACAGCAUGGACAGAGAGCAGCCAUGGCACUUGCCUCUGCACUGGUUCCGUCCCCGGCCACCCAACCUUCGGUGCAGUCUCCAUCAUCCCUUUCUGCUGCCCGGCUUCUUACUCCCGUCCGACCUCAUCUCAGCUCCAUGCAUCUAGCACGUCCUAAUCUCCAUGCGGGAGGUGAAACACGUGCGCCUGCUCCACAUCUUCAGCGUUCCCGGCCUCAGCUGCCACUGUCUGCUGUCCAGUCACACAUCAAUAGCGGUCAGCCACAUCUACUGGCAAAUAAGGGCUCCUUGCCUCUCUCAACUCCACAGGUUUCACCCGUUGUCCCACAUAUAUAUGCAUCAAGGGCUCCUGCAAGUGGGACAUCUCAACCUGAAUCUCGAGAUACUAACAAUAAUGAUGUUCUGCCGAGACUGUCACAACCACCUAGAUCGGAAUUUGAAAGAUGGCUUGCAUCAAACCAGACACUGGCAGCUGGUGAACCGCAGGCUCUCCCAAGUGUGGAUGCUCCCAGAACUCAUUCAACCUCUGGUGUGAAGGAUGUUGUCUGCAUCUCAGAUGAUGAAAACUAAUGAUCAGCCCUAGUGUCAUCGUCAGGAGCUCAUGUACCAUGGAGGUUGAGAUUUUGCUAACAUAGUGUACCAUAGAAGUUGAACGCCUCAUGUACAUUUCUCGGAAGGCAGGCCACAUUUGGAGUUUAACAAUGUAGUUUAGUCCGUUGAGUGUUGCGGCUUCAUGGUUGUUUAUGCCCAUGGGAAGAAGUUGAUAUAGCCCUGAUUGACAUCCUUCCUACCCACUGAAUAUAAAUAUAUUGCAGGAAUUAUUGAAUCUGCUUUGGACGCGUACAAUCUGUAAAUCAGUAAAUUGUGUUAAUAUAUGCUGAUCAUUUCAUUCUUAAUCUGUGCAUCCCCAAUGAAAUUACUUCUGCUGCGGGUAUUUGUGUUUUAUUUA